AUGUACAGAAUAGACGUUUCAGAUUUUUAUGACUUCCAAGCGUUCAGAAAUAUGUGUCCAUUUCGAGACUAUAACAAAGCAGUCGAGAAUUUGAAACGUUUAGUCAUUUAUGUUGACUCUGCCCCAGAAUGUUAUGUCAUGAAAGAAUGGGAUGUAGUCUUUAACAAACCAAGAGCAACAAUAGUGUCUGAACAAGAAUGUAGACAGAAACUUAAGAAAAUAAAAGUCGUACAAGUUGGUAUGAAGAUGUUAGAUGCUUGGGAUAUUUUAUUGUCAAAGUUAGAAGAUUUUUCAGUUCGUGGUAUAAAGUUCUAUACACCUUCUCCAAACUUCUAUUCUAUCUUCACUGGAUAUAAAUACGAACAAGUAGAAUGGAAAGAAAAUGUUAUAGAAGCUUGGUUAGACCAUGUCAAAGAAAUUAUAUGCAAUGGAAACGAAAGAGUCUAUGAGUAUAUCUUAUGUUGGUUUGCAAACAUCUUACAACAUCCAAGUGCUAAAAAUGAAACUGCUCUCAUUGUAAUUGGAAAACAAGGAACAG